AUGUCGACUCCAGGCUACCCAGCAUACUACUAUGGAGACUCCCACACUGGCAGUGUCUCCAACCUCAGCGAGGGGGGCAUGAAACGAUAUGCUUCCAAAUCCAGUAUUGCUGGGGCACAAAGUCUCACUGGAUCCAGAUCGUUGCUCUAUGGCAGCAGGAGAAGUUUGUACUCGACUUACACUAUGUCAGGCAUGUCCUAUGUUCUACCAGUCGUUGCUAAGCAGCCAGACCCCUGGAGACGCCCUGCUGACAAUUGGCCAAUUGCAUUCAUGUCGUUGUUUGUUAACCCAAUCUUUGGCGUGUUUGCCAUAUUGUUGGCCGAACAAUCAAAAAUCUACUAUGCCAAGUGUGAGUACAUGCAAGCCUCUCGGUAUGGAGCUUAUGCUAAAGGAACCGCAGCUGGUGGCCUUUACUGCACAGUCAUUCUUUUGAUUUGGGUCAUCAGUGCCGUGAUCAACGAAAAACGGCGCUACCUCUACUGA